AUGAGCCGGAUCUCUUUCAGAUCAUCUACUGGAGGGGGCAUGAGGGGCUUUAGCUCAGGCUCUGCUAUUGUAGGAGGUGGCAGUGGUACUAGAAGCAGUUUUAGCUCCGUGUCUGUCUCCAGAGUUGGAGGAGGAAGAGCCGGAGGUGGAGGCGGCUUUGGAGCUGGUGGUGGCUUCGGCAGCAGAAGUCUCUAUAGCCUAGGUGGAAACAAAAGAAUUUCCUACAGCUCAGUCGGUGGAGGUCUACGGAGCGGAGCCGGUGCUGGAUACGGCUUUGGUGGAGGAGCUGGCUUUGGUCUUGGCUAUGGUGGUGGAGCAGGCGCUGGUUUUGGCUUAGGAGGAGCUGGUGGUGGUGGCGGCUAUGGGCUGGGCAGUGGAUUUGGGCUGGGAGGUCCUGGAUUUGGUGGUCGAGGUGGCCCUGGGUUCCCAGUUUGCCCACCUGGUGGCAUCCACGAAGUGACUGUCAACCAGAGCCUUCUGGCACCCCUCAAGCUGGAUAUUGACCCGGAAAUCCAGAAGGUGCGAACACAGGAGCGGGAGCAGAUCAAGACCCUCAACAACAAAUUUGCCUCCUUCAUCGACAAGGUGCGCUUUUUGGAGCAGCAGAACAAAGUUCUGGAGACCAAGUGGAGCCUCCUCCAAGAGCAAGGUCACACAGUCACCAGGAAGUCCCUUGAACCCCUUUUUGAAGCCUACAUCAACAACCUCAGACGGCAGCUAGACAGUCUGGUGGGAGAGAGGGGGCGGUUGGACUCUGAACUGAGGAACAUGCAGGACAUGGUGGAAGACUUUAAGAACAAAUAUGAAGAUGAGAUCAACCGGCGCACUGGUGCAGAGAAUGAGUUUGUGGUCCUCAAGAAGGACGUGGAUGGUGCUUAUAUGAACAAGGUUGAGCUGCAGGCCAAAGCAGAUGGGCUGGCAGAUGAAAUAAACUUCCUGAGAGCUCUCUACGAAGCGGAAUUGUCCCAGAUGCAGCAGCAAGUAUCUGACACCUCUGUGGUCCUGUCCAUGGACAACAACCGUAACUUGGACCUGAACAGCAUCAUCGCAGAGGUCAAAGCGCAGUACGAGGACAUCGCCAACCGGAGCCGGGCAGAGGCUGAGGCUUGGUACCAGAACAAGUACGAGGAGCUCCAGGUCUCUGCGGGGCGCCACGGCGACGACCUGCGGAACACCAAGAUGGAAAUCUCAGAGAUCAACCGGGUGGUGCAGAGGCUGCGGAAUGAGAUCGAGAGCGUGAAGAAACAGUGUGCCAACCUCCAAGCAGCCAUCGCUGAGGCAGAGGAGCGUGGCGAGAUGGCCCUCAAGGAUGCCAAGGGGAAGCUGGCUGAGCUGGAAGAUGCCCUGCAGAAGGCCAAGGCAGACCUGGCCCGGCAGCUUAGGGAGUACCAGGAGCUGAUGAAUGUCAAGCUGGCCCUGGACAUCGAGAUUGCGACCUACAGGAAGCUGCUGGAGGGAGAAGAGAGCAGGCUCGCCGGAGAGGGAGUCGGAGCCGUCAGUGUCUCCGUGGUCAGCAGCUCCAGCGGGAUGAGCUACGGUGGUGGUGGCAGCGGCCUGGGCAUGGGGGGAAGCCUCGGGCUGGGAGGCGGCAGCGGCGGCAGCUACAGCAUGAGCAGCGGCGGCGGCUUCGGAGGCGGGAGCGCAGGGUUCGGCUACGGCGGAGGCAGCUCCUUCAGCUCCGGCAGCAGCCGAGGUGUCAGCUCCAGCACGGGAGGCAGCGUGAGGAUCGUUUCCAAGACCACCACUAGCAAAAAGACCAUCAGAUAA